GUCCAGCGUGAACCAUUGUUUGCCGCAGCCGCAAGUCCGACGGCGCUCUCCCGGUCGGCGCUGCAGAAGGUCGUCCGGCUUCGCAGGCGAGCAGGGUAGCCGACACGGCGACGGCAUCUGGCGCGGAGCGGACUUGGCUGCUGUGGCUCCAGGCGCUGCUGCGAAUAUUUUCCUCCUUUUUGCGGCCGAGACGCCGUACGGAGUACUGAGCGGCAAGACGGCGGCGGCAGCAGGCCGAGAAAAGGAAGACCGGAGAGGAAGCAAGAGACAGAGAGAAAGAGACGGAGUGAGGGAGUGAGGAGAGGCAGCAGGGGAUUACGACUACCGGCCGAGGUGUUAAUGUUCGGACGCUAACCGCGCGCUCUUUCUCUGUCUCUCUUCCCCGUCGCGACGCUGCCCAGCCGCGCUACGGCUUCGCGCCCCCUCCACCAGCGAGAAUCCCGACGCGCUUGCGCACUAUUGGCCGUGCGGCACCGCCACUCGCACCGCGUGCGCCAACCGGCGGGCAGCUGCCCCUUCCACAGCGGAGCGUGCCGACCGCUCCACCCGGCGAGCCGGCGGGGAAGUGGCCGAGCGGGCGCCCCCUCCCCAGAGCAGCGCACACUUCCCCUCAUUAACACUGGAGAGUGGCGCGAGGCCGGGGUGUCGCUCGGGUGCUGAAUCUCACGCGGCAGGCGGCCGGAGCGAGGCGAGGCGUGGCCAGCGCCAGAGCGACGCCGACGCGGACGCGCACACCACGCAGCGCGCGCCCAUAUCGAUUCGGGUACCGCCGCCGCAGUUUUAGGCCUACGGCUGGACUGUGUGGACGGUAGCGGCUUACCGUGGCGCCCGGCGCGCGCCACUGGCGUCGACAGUGACUGUGUGUGACUUUGGAUUGUUGUCUUUUUUUCUCGUUUGGUUUUUUGCGCCGUAGCGACGGUUUGUUUGGCUCCUCUGAGAUAGUGACAGUUUCGUGUGCGAGUGCAGCCUGGACAGGACAGUGCCACGUGUGCGACCAUGGCGAGGCCCCGAAGGAGGCGGCAGGUGUCGUGCGAGCGCGAUGCCCGCCGUCGCUGAGGCGGCGACCAGCGCGCGAGGCAGCGGGAAUUUGCAGCCACAGCCCGUCGAGCCGAGCGCUCCCUCAUGAGAUUCGAGCAGAGCGAGAUCCUGCGCUCGCCCCCGUCUCGCGCCAUGGCCUACCACCCGUUCCUGCUGCAGCGGCCCACGGACUUCAGCGUCAGCUCGCUGCUAACGGCCGGCGGGGGCGGCGGCGGCCUGUCGGCGAGCGGUGGCGGAGGCGGCAGCGGGGGCGGCAGUCCGGCCCCACCGCCCCCGGCCGGCUGCCAGGCGGGAGGCGGCAGCAGUAGCGGAGGCAGCACCAGCAGCAACGGACCCGCGACGACGCCGCCCGGCGCCGCGCAGCAGCCGCCCCCGGCCCUGCCUCCGCCCCCGGCGGCGCCAGCCGUUCCUCCGCCGCCGCCACCUCCGCCGCCCCCGCACCCGGCGACGGCGGCGGCGGCGCACCAGUACCACUUCCUGGCGGCGGCAGCUGCGGCGGCGGCGCUGGGAGGUGCCGUCGGUCCCUACAAGCUGCCCCCGGUCGCGGUGCCGCCCCCGCUGGCGGCGCACGCCGCCCACGCCGGCCCCGGCGGCCCGGCGCACGCCUACACCACGGCUGAGGAGGUGCUGGCGGCGGCGGUCGCGUCGCACCACCCGCACCACCCCGCGCUCGUGCGGCCGCUGAGGCCGCCGCUGCCGCCCGACGACGACGGCGUCGUCGACGACCCCAAGGUGACCCUCGAGGGCAAGGAGCUCUGGGAGAAGUUCCACAAGCUCGGCACCGAGAUGGUCAUCACCAAGUCCGGCAGACGCAUGUUUCCCGCCUACAAAGUUCGAGUGACAGACCUCAACAAAAAGGCAAAAUACAUCCUCCUUAUGGACAUCGUCGCCGCCGAUGUCUGCAGAUUUAGGUUCCAUAACAGCCGGUGGAUGGUCGCCGGAAAGGCUGACCCUGAAAUGCCUAAGCGCAUGUACAUCCACCCGGAUAGCCCAUCCACGGGCGAACAGUGGAUGCAAAAAGUCGUUUCCUUCCAUAAGCUGAAGCUGACCAACAACAUUUCCGACAAGCACGGCUUUGUAAGUACUACCAUCCUCAACUCGAUGCACAAGUACCAACCACGCUUCCACCUCGUGCGGGCCAACGACAUCCUCAAGCUGCCCUACUCCACGUUCCGCACCUACGUCUUCAAGGAGACCGAAUUCAUCGCCGUCACCGCCUACCAGAACGAAAAGAUCACGCAGUUGAAGAUCGACAACAACCCCUUCGCCAAAGGCUUCCGCGAUACGGGGGCCGGCAAGCGUGAGAAGAAAAGGCAGGCGCUACUGGCAGCUCAGAGGCACCCCGUAUCGGACAGCGGCGGCGGCGGAGGCGGCGGCAUGCCCGGGGGCGGCCACCACCAGCCCGGCGGGGGCGGAGGCGGGGGCGGCGGGCCCGCGGGGGGCGUGGGCGCCGAGCUGAAGGCGCGCCAGGCGGCCGCGGUGGCGGCGGCAGCGGCGGCGGCCGCGGCGGCGGACGAAGACGACCGCCUGCUUGACGUGGUUGGCACCGGCGCCGACCCGCCCCCGCUACACCUGCACCACGCCCACUCCGCCUGGUUCUCGCUGUCCGCAGCGGGCUCGGCCCCCGACAUGUCUGCGGGCGAGGAGGCGGCGCUGCGGCGGCGGCUGCACCAGCACCAGCACGCGCACGGCCACGCCGUGCCACCCCCGCCGCCCCUCGGCCACCACGACGACAGCGAGCGCGACGGCAGCGACUCGAGCUGCUCCGAGUCGACGGUGGCCGCCGCCGCCUUCAGCCGCGGCUCGCCGCCCCAGGGCGCCGCCGCCGCCGCCGGCGACUACCCGGCGCCCAACAUCUCCGUGGGGCCGCCCAUUCACCCACCGCCCCACCUGCUGCCCUACCUCUACCCCCACGGGCUGUACCCGCCACUGGCGCCCGGGCCGCCGCUGUCGCUGUUCGCGGGCCCCGGCGGAGCGCCCAGCGCCGCCCCCGGGCUGCUGUUUAACGCGCAGCUGGCCCUGGCCGCGCAGCACCCGGCGCUCUUCGGCCACUACUCGGCGCUGCACCACCCUGCCGCGACAGCCGGCGGGGGCGGCGCCGGGGGCGGCGGCGCUCUGCACCACCCGCUGGGAGCCAAGGGCGGCCGCUUCGCGCCCUACUCGCUGCCCGGCAACUCCGUGGGCUCCGCCUUCGAGACGGUGACGCCCGGAGGCGGUACCGGCGGGGGUGGCAGUCCCAAAUCGCACCUGCACGCGCCGCCCCCGCAGCACACGCCUCCAGGGCCGCUGCCGCAGCCGACGCCCCUCGGACCGCUAUCCACCGGCUCGAGUUCGCCCCCAGCUUCGCCGCCGCACCAGCAACAGCAGGAGGCGGCGCCGCCCCCACCGACCGCGCCCGCCGCCACCGCCAGUGAGCUCAAGAGCAUCGAGAAGAUGGUGAACGGCCUCGAGGUGAAGCCGCGGGACGCCUCUCCCAAGUGCGCCGACGACAAGUUGGUGGUCUAGCGAUCGAGGACUCCCUGCAAUGUCGUCCUUUCCUCCAGUCGGCGCGGCUGAACCCGGGGUCGACGUCUCGGAACGCCUCCAGUCCUUCAAUAUCUUCCACAGUCCAAAAGCCGGGCUGUUACCUUGUUGUACAGUUAGAAAUGUGCUAUCGACGAUAACUCUGACAGCAGAAUAAAGUGGGAGGAGCGAGCAUAAGUUCCAGCGCUUCAUACAGUGACUGGCGUCUUUCAGAGGCAGUAGUAAUUUAAUGGAGCAUUUUUGUUCAGAAAACUCGUAUGAUGAUUGCGGUCUUGGUUCAGAUGCGCUUCUCCUACAGAGAGUACAACUGCUGUUCCUCCAACAAUUGGAUUCGCCUCCGUAUUGGUCAGUCUCAAAAGAAAUGUCAUGUCUGAUGGUUAUUAAAACCAAUCACUUCCUGUCACUAUUGAAAGAACAUCAUUUUGUGUCACUGUUGGAAGAACCACCUUCUUUACGGACGUGCGUUUCACUGUACACGCCGUCUAUAGUAAACAUAGGUGCUGCCUACAUUGCCGUAUUGUAUGACGGCCUGUUGACUCUGCAUCCUCCUCCCACGUAUUCUCCAUGCUGUAAGAGCUGACAUCGUUCUUUUUUUAACGAUAGAACACCGACUGAGAAAAAGGCUAUACACACAAAGAACAAUGAAAUUUGCUGCAUUGAAGAUUUUUUGUUUGUAAUUUUUCCGCCUUACUAGAAACCGCUUAGUUUUGUGGAACUAACAGCGGCCUUGUCAAAUUCGUUUCCACUACCGUACAGAAGUUUGUAAUUUUGCCAAGAAGGACAGCGGACAUGCCUAGAAACGAGUGAAACGAACCGUUGGUACAUGGACUUCUCUUUUGAAGAUAAACGAAAUGGACAUUUUGAUCAACGAGUUUCGACACACUGUCUGCCCCCAUCUGGAAACUAGCGUCGAGGUUGCGCUUUGUAAUACGAUAUCUACAGCUAGCUGUACACAUAUUAUACAUAAAUAAUUUUAAACUAUGUAAAUAGAAGAAGAUUCAGCAAAUAACAAUAUGCAUCAUGUACCAUAGAACGUCUGUGUAUAAGUGAAUAAAAUGUUUUAUUUAUACCAAAGAAAGUAUGUUUGUUUAUAAAAAAUACAAAAUUAUUGUCUCUUGUAAAUCAUAGUAAACAUACGAAGCUGGAACAUGUGCAGUGACGAAUAGAUGAAGUAGGUCUUUGAGCUUUUGUGUGUCCCUGGCCUGCCUUUGUAUAAUAAAACAAUUUUUAAAAAAUUGAAAAAGAUAAUAAGCACGUUUGUAAGUACAAUCAUGUAAUUCUUUUCUGUUUACUGAUUUGUAAGGCAUGAUACGAUAACCUAUCUGCUUGUGAUCUUGUUUCAUUAACGACACGAUUUAUACGCCUCCUUUUAUAUGAGACGCAGUAAUUUUGUUGAGAACAUUGCCACACAUAUUAUACGAUUUACUCUGACUCUGCAUGCGGAAUAUUUUAUGCAAUAUAUUCUGAAGAGUACAAAUUUCUUACUUGUGACCCCAGUCUCGCC